GCAUAAUUUGUCGGCUCCAUCACAAAAACUAAAAGAAAAGAAUCGCAAUGAGCACGGUGAUAACUUUAUGUGCUACCGGCGUUGUAAGUGGGACGUUAUCGUUUUGGUUUUCUGUAACGUUCGAUGCUGCAUGUACAUUAUCUGAUAAAUACAGGGGCCAUAUGCUGUAACACAGAAGAAGUGAAAUGUUCCUUGCCUGAGCUAAACACAUUCUCCUUUUCUCCCACAUUUUUUGCGAUUUCUUUCUUAACAAUUCUUUGUGCCACACUGUAUUUGUGCUGUAUAUUCCUAUUUUGGAAUGUCUUGCAACGCAAAACGAAACAACAACGGAUCUAUCCAAUUAUCAUCGUGAAACAAACAAUGGAAUCGAAUCGAAUCGAACCAAACCGAAUCAAACGAAAGCAGGCCAUGGGUGUCGUUCACGUACUCACGGGACCCGACCACCUGUCCGCAAUUGCUACGCUCAGCGUGAACGCCGAAAGCCGGUGGAGAGCCGCCGGGUAUGGAAUCCGCUGGGGAAUCGGUCACUCGAUCGGAUUGGUGUUGGUGGCAUCCAUCUUCAUCGGUCUGGAAAAUAGCCACCCUGGCCGUCCGGACAGUUCCGGCAGCGAAAACGACGACGUCAACGACGACGAUGGAACCAGAUCGAUCGAAGUGCCGGAGCGCAUCGAAAGCAUGGCCGAAUGUUUUGUGGGGUUCUUCAUGCUAGGAUUGGGUUGCUACAGCCUCUACCAAGCCCAUCGAAAACGACGGGAUUCCAUAUUUGGCCACCACCACCACCACUAUCACGCCCAUUUUCUGCCUCGUGAAAACGAAUCAACAUCACAAGAACGAAGCGACCAUCCUUUCGGUUUGGGAGAAGGUGUGGAUGAGGCCUCGCACAACGUUCUCCCACCCAAUGCUGCAGGUGAAGAGGUAGACGACGAAGAGCGGUCCUUUAACAGUCGUGCCCGAGACCAGCCGCAUCGCCCUAUGGAAGCGAUGGGAAUAGAUGACUCGCACGCCUCGUUCUACGACCAACACGACCACGAAUCGCAUUCCCCCUCUCUGUCGAAGCAGUUCUUGGCGCUGUGCGUUGGGAUCGUCCACGGGGUUGCCGGGCCCGGGGGCGUGCUCGGGGUCGUGCCGGCGGUCAAGCUGCACAACCUCUGGCACUCGAUCGCGUACCUCGGUUCGUUUUGUGCAUCGAGCAUUGCCACGAUGGGGGGAUUCGCGGCUUGCUACGGAGCCGUGAGUACGAGGCUGUCCAACGCUGGAUCGUCACCGGGACUGUAUGAUAGCGUGGAGGACAGCGACGACGGGGAUGCCAGCACCGACAAUAACAGCAACGACGACAGCGGUAACAGGGAAAAGUUUUUUACGACAGCCUAUCGCAUCGAGGUGUUUUCGGCAUCGCUUUCUGUGCUAGUGGGAUGCACAUGGCUGGUGCUUCUCUAUUUUGGAAUUCUACACGAUGUCUUUCCGUAGUCAGAUCAGUCGCCAAUAGAAUUCUGAUCCCAUGGAAUGACUCUAUGUCACAGCUGCACAAUAUCUUUUAAAAACAAUAAGCACCAGUUAACCAC